AUGUUGAAAUUUUUUAGCCUUAUUGUUCUUUUUAGGCCGCUGCUAAAAACAGUAUUGCGUCAAGUAACAGAAAACGAUAAAUUAAGCCAGGAGACACAGAGUUUGCACGAGAAGUACAAGAAUUUGCUCUCUGUCGUUAAGAUUAUUGUGUUUAUUUUCUACGGAUCUAAUCUUUUUAACGCGGCUUUUAUUUAUCUGCCACAUCGGGUUGAUGUUUCAAAUGAUUAUUACGCUAUGUCACCUUGUGUUGGUUUGGAACCGCUGACGUCAUCGCCCAAUCGAGAAGUAUGUCUCGCCAUACAAUGCCUGCAAGAGUUUACGAUCAUGAUGGUUGUGUUGAACUAUCAAGCGCUUCUACUCUUUCUUAUAGCCCACACCGCUGUAAUGUACGAAAUGCUGUCCGAAGAAAUGUUUCUACUGGACGAACUCGACCAUGACCGAAAUAACAAUGACACUAUAAGAGAAAAGUUGUGCAGUCUAAUUAAACGCCACUCUAUAACACUAGAUAUUGUAAGAAAUCUAAAGCUUCUAUACAGCGUGCCUCUUGGAGUUAAUUUCGGAUCAAAUGCCGUUUGUAUAAGUUUAUUCUUUUACCUGCCACUUCAAGAAUGGAAUAGUUUCAUACCUAUUUUAAUCUAUUGUUUCCUCGUUUUCUUUCUGUAUUGUUAUUUGUGUCAAAAGAUGAUAAAUUCUUCGGAGAAAUUUGAAAGGGCUGUGUAUUGUUGCGGCUGGGAGAGUUUUGAUGUUAAAGAGAAGAAAAUUGUUUACAUUGUUCUUUUGAUGGCACAGAAACCGAUACACAUUUUAGCAGCUGAUAUUAUACCGGUCAAUAUAUACACGUUCGCUACAACGCUUCAGGCAAUGUUCAAAUUUGUAACUGUAGUGAAAUUCUAA